CAGGAAAUGACAGAAACCUGAAUACGGAACCGAAGCAGCAGCUCAGUUUCUUGCUCUGAAGUAGCAGCAGCCAGAGAGGGAGCCGAGUGUCGACGUGAGGAGCUGGGAGUUUGGAGCAAACACUCACACUAUUGGAGAUGUGGAAGUCUGUAGUAGGGCAUGAUGUUUCUGUUUCCGUGGAGACCCAGGGUGAUGACUGGGACACAGACCCUGACUUUGUGAAUGACAUCUCUGAGAAGGAGCAACGGUGGGGAGCCAAGACUGUCGAAGGCUCUGGACGCACAGAACAUAUCAACAUCCACAAGCUGAGGAACAAAGUAUCAGAGGAGCAUGAUAUUCUCAAGAAGAAGGAGAUGGAAUCAGGGCCCAAAGCGUCCCAUGGCUAUGGAGGUCGGUUUGGGGUGGAAAGAGACCGAAUGGACAAGAGUGCUGUGGGCCAUGAGUAUGUUGCUGAGGUGGAGAAGCACUCUUCUCAGACUGACGCUGCCAGAGGCUUUGGGGGCAAAUAUGGAGUUGAGAAGGACAGGGCAGACAAGUCAGCAGUUGGCUUUGAUUACAAAGGAGAAGUGGAGAAACACGCAUCUCAGAAAGAUUACUCUCAUGGCUUUGGUGGCCGUUAUGGGAUAGAGAAGGAUAAACGAGACAAGGCAGCUCUGGGAUAUGACUACAAGGGAGAGACAGAGAAGCACGAGUCCCAGACAGAUUAUGCGAAGGGCUUUGGUGGUCAGUAUGGAAUCCAGAAGGACCGAGUGGAUAAGAGCGCUGUUGGCUUCAAUGAAAUGGAGGCCCCAACCACAGCUUAUAAGAAGACGACACCCAUAGAGGCUGCUUCUAGUGGUGCCCGUGGGCUGAAGGCAAAAUUUGAGUCCAUGGCUGAGGAGAAGAGGAAGCGGGAGGAAGAAGAGAAGGCACAGCAGAUGGCCAGGCAGCAACAGGAGAGAAAGGCCCUGGUAAAGAUGAGCCAGGAGGUUCGGCAGCCAGCAGCCACUGUGGAAGAGCCAGUGGUGCCAGCCCCAGUGCCCAAGAAAAUCUCCUCAGAGGCCUGGCCUCCAGCAGGGAGCUGUCCACCGUUGGAGCCUGAGCCUGUGAGAACCAGUAGGGAAGAACCAGUGCCCACUCUGCCCCCAAGGCAGAAUCCCCCAGAGGACUAUGAGGAGCCCCCAGCUCUGCCCCCCAGGACUCUGGAAGGCCUCCAGGUGGAGGAAGAGCCAGUGUACGAACUAGAGCCCGAGCCCGAGCCCGAGCCCAAGCCUGAGCCUGAACCUGAGCCCGAGCCUGAGAAUGACUAUGAGGAUGUUGCAGAGCUGGACAGAUAUGAACAGGAUGAUGAAGCAGAGGGGGACUAUGAGGAUGUGCUUGAGCCUGACGAUCCCUCUUUUCAGUCCACUGUGGCUGGAUCAUCAGGCUGCCCGGCAGGGGCUGGGGCUGGGAUCUCAGCUGUAGCCCUGUAUGAUUACCAAGGAGAGGGAAGUGACGAGAUUUCCUUUGAUCCAGAUGACAUCAUCACUGACAUUGAGAUGGUGGAUGAGGGCUGGUGGCGGGGACGUUGCCGCGGACACUUUGGACUCUUCCCUGCAAAUUAUGUCAAGCUCCUCUAGUAACUGGCUCUCCCUGUCUUCUGGACUGUGACCUCCCAUGUCCAAAGUGGCUCUGCCUCCAUCCCCUCCCCAUUUCUGCUGCAAGUGUCUAACAGGAUGUCAUGAGAUUCUAGACAGACUUUCCUCUCCCUCUCCAUUAGGGCUUGGGGCAGGGACAGCAUGAGGAGGGGGAGUCUACUUCCCCUCAGUGUCCUCUCUGCCCUGGAUGAGCUCAUGGACGUUUAUCUUGUGUUCCUGCCUCCUUCCUCAUGAAUGCCCCCCCCCCCCAACAGCCCAAGCUCUGCCUUCCUCUGUUUGUGAACUCUGAGCUUCCUGGUUUGCUUACCUGGGAAGGUAUGUCUAGAUUGCCUGGUUUGCCUUGUUUUGCUGUUUGCCCACUUUCCUUCUCUGCAGAGAUAUCUCUGAAUCUUCUCUCUGCUCAGUUCCAAAUUGGAAAUAAAGUGGGACAAUGGUUCACCUCUA